AUGACUGAGAGGCUUCAAAUGUUAAGUUUAGCUUUACAUGAAAAAAUUCGUUCAAAAUAUUCAACAUGUCAAUAUAUAUAUGACCAAAUUAAAGUAUUAAAUGAUAAUUAUGAACAAAAUUUAUAUUCGAUUAUUAAAAAUGUAGAAAACGCUGGUGAUUACUUUGUUAAAAUAGCCGAUGAAAAUAUGUACUAUGGAAAUAGUUGUUGUAAUAAUGAAAUAACCAACAAUAAUAAUGAUAAGAACAAUAUCGAAGAAAAAGAAAACGAAGACCAUGAUGAAAUUGAAGAUGACACAGAAGAAAUAGAUAACAAAUUAAACACAAGAAAUUCCAAUCAACGUUUAGCUAUACUUGAAAUUUAUAUUGAUGCAUGUGAUUAUUAUAAAAAAGCUAUUGAUUUUUUUAAAACAGUAAAAAACUUAAAAAAUAUAUUUAUGGAUAAAAUGGAUACAACCAAUGAUUUAGAUGGUUUAAUACUGGAUAUUGAGAAGAAAAUAAAUGAUGCUAAUAAUAAAAAACUUGCAUGGAGAGAUAAACAUAUUGGACUGUCAAUAGCGCCAAGAAAUACAAUACCACAUGAAGAAUUGUAUAAAUUAGCCGUUAUAUUCCCAGAAAACAACUCACUGAUAUGA